CUCGGCAUGACCAGUAAAACCUCCACCCGACCCCAAAACCGACUCGGAACAGUCUAAAAGCCGCUCCGGUUUUAUGUAGCGAUUGACGAGCGGCCGAGGCGGUUAACCGCUCAAGCCGAUCGAGCUGCUCGUCCGGUUUUUACCAUUCAGCCGUUAAAUUUAAUUAAAAGAUUACAGAAAAUUAAAAAUUGAAAUAAACCAGAAACGUCGGGCUCUCAAACUGAAUCCUUAUUUCCAUUUCACAAUUUCGAAGGAAAGAGACGAGCUCUAUUAAGAAAUGUCAACUAUUUAUACUGAUAACGUUUAUUAGGUACCGAUUCUCUAACGAUUUUUAAAUAAUUUAAUGCCGAUUAUAUCACUAAAGUGCAAGCCGUUUGCAUUGCUCGAUCAUGCUCUGGUUCGAUUCUGAAAACAUUGCUUAUAACCAUAUUUUCAUUGUUGGAAUGAAUCUACUCUUCAACAUCCUAAAUCAAUAAAAUCGAUCUGGUUUCCUUUCCGUCAACAAGUUAUCGAGAUUUUUCGAAAACGAAAUAUCGGGUGGGAAUUAAAAAUGUGCUGAACCAAUCCUAUCUAAAAAUCAUAUUUUCGUCACCGAUUCAUUUCUCGCUUCCCAUUUUCUCUUCACUCGUCAGUCUUUUUCCUUUACUUUAUUAUUCGUUAAAGAGAACGUUGAGCGAUAUUAAAAUAAUUCUAUAUAUUCCCUGGACACGUUUCCCCUUGACUAUAAUUAUACGCUCUGAAACGGGGAAGAAAAAGAAAAAAGAAAACCUCAAAUAUAAUCCUCCUCCUCCUCCCAAGUCCCAUCCCGAGGCAAGCAAAGCCAUCCUUCUUCUCGAUCUGCUCUGAGAGAGAGUUUCUUUGUUUCUAUUUUCAUAGGGCGUGGGGGUGUUUUCUCUUCUUCGAAUCUACUCUCGUCCGCAAUCCUUGACCGCUUUUACUACAUGGAGAAUCCCAAAGGCGCGAAAUAAUUGAAGCAGAAAGGGAAGAUAUGAUGAUAAGGAUGGUCAAUUAAGUUCGCAAUCGCCGUUGCUUCUCCAGCGUCCUAAUCAGUGCUCUCCCCUUCCCUCGCCUGGGGUGGGCUUUUCGUCGAACGGUUGGCGUACAUACAUACAUACAUACAUUCAUGGAGUUUCAGUAUCGAGAGGAGUAUGUAAAGAAUUCGAGGGGAGUAGAGCUUUUCACAUGUAGAUGGUUGCCCAAUCCUUCGUCAUCCUCGUCGUCGUCGCCAAAAGCUCUGGUUUUCCUCUGUCAUGGUUAUGGCAUGGAGUGCAGCGGUUUCAUGAGAGAAAUUGGAAUCAGGUUGGCUCAAUCGGGUUACGGAGUGUUCGGGAUGGACUACGAAGGGCACGGGCGGUCGGGCGGGUCGAGGUGCUACAUCAAGAAGUUCGAGAACAUCGUCAACGACUGCGACGACUUCUUCAGGUCCGUCGCGGCGGAGAAGGACUUGAGGGAGAAAGGAAGAUUCCUUUACGGCGAGUCCAUGGGCGGGGCCGUCUCCCUUUUGUUGCACAAGAAGCGCCCGUCCUUCUACAACGGCGCCGUUCUUGUCGCCCCAAUGUGUAAGAUCUCGGAGAAGCUGAAGCCACAUCCGGUGGUAGUGAACAUACUGACCGGCUUCGAAGAGCUGAUCCCAAAGUGGAAGAUCGUUCCCACCAAAGACGUCAUUGACGCCGCCUUCAAGGACCCCGUCAAGCGCGAGGAGAUACGGAACAACAAGUUGAUAUACCAGGACAAGCCGCGGCUGAAGACGGCGCUGGAGAUGCUAAGGACGAGCAUGAGGCUGGAGGAGUCCCUCCACCACGUCACCUUGCCCUUCCUCGUCCUCCACGGCGACGCCGACACCGUCACCGACCCGGAGAUCAGCAAGGCACUCUACCAGCAGGCCGGCAGCAACGACAAGACCAUCAAGCUCUACCCCGGGAUGUGGCACGGACUCACCGCCGGGGAGACCGACGACAACGUACGGAUCGUGUUCGCAGACAUCGUCUCCUGGCUGGACGUACACAGCGGGGAAGGCAGCGGAAUCGUGGUGGAGCCCAUUGAAGAAGCUGAUCAUGACAAGCUCAUCAAGUCUAGCAGUAGCAGUAGUAGUAGUUGGACGUUGAGUGGGAAGAGCAAUAAUAGUAAGAAGAAGAAGAAGAGGCAGUCGUCGAACAAUAAUGGAAUUACGUCGUCGUCGGGGCAUGGAGCUGGGAGAUACCUUUGCGGGUUUAAGGAGCCACGACCCCUUCAUUCUGCCAUGUAGCGGGCCUGCCGGCCGGCGGGAUUGUUGUGAUCAUGUUCAUGAAUCUGGUUGAAGAACUCGGAAUUUGCAGAAUAAUUACUUUGUUGGCUAUAUUGCUUUGAAUUGAUCGAAGGUGGGUUAGUUAAAAAAAUAUGGAUAGUUUAUUUUUAUUUUUUUUUGUUGGCCGAACAACCUCUCAUAAUUUUUAUUGAAUGGGAAACUAUUCUAUAUAGUUUUUAGUGAAUCAUGUAAAUUUUGGAUGUUUUGUACUUUUUUAUUUUGUCGAUUUUUCGAUUUUGUUCCAAUAAUUACGUACUCUCCUACUACAAGUAGUAGAUAAUUAAUUUGGUCACCAUCACCCAUAAUUAAUGACGGAGCCGGUA